GAGAUGCUGCUGUUACAGGCCGUCCUCCGGGGGGCAUCACUCGACAUCUCCUUCUUUUCCCCCCACGCAGAUGACAGAGAUGGAAAUACUGAGGCGACAAUGUCGAGGAGAUCACUAUAUGGACUGUACCCCUACAAGUCCAGCAUGCUUGGACUGGAGACUCUGGGCGAUCCAUCAGGUGACUGGGAUAUAGUGGAAACCAUUGGCAAAGGAACUUAUGGAAAAGUCUACAGAGUGACCAACAAAAAAGAUGGGAGUCAGGCAGCAGUGAAAGUGCUGGACCCGAUUAAUCAUUCGAGCCAUUCAAACAGAGAUGUGGAUGAGGAGAUUGAGGCAGAAUACAACAUACUGAGGUCCCUGCCCAACCAUCCUAACGUGGUGAAGUUUUAUGGCAUGUUUCAUAAGUCCGACAAAUUAACUGGCGGACAGCUCUGGCUGAUACUGGAGCUGUGCAACGGCGGCUCUGUCACAGAACUCAUCAAAGGCCUGCUGAUGCGUGGCCAGCGUCUGCAGGAGCCUGUUAUCGCAUACAUCUUAUGCAGUGCCCUCUUGGGUCUCCAGCAUUUGCACAACAACCGGAUUAUCCAUCGUGACGUCAAAGGCAACAACAUCCUCCUGACAACUGAGGGAGGAGUCAAACUGGUUGACUUUGGUGUUUCAGCUCAACUGACGAGCGCACGACUGCGGAGGAACACGUCAGUCGGGACACCGUUUUGGAUGGCUCCUGAGGUCAUAGCCUGUGAACAGCAGUACGACUACUCCUAUGAUGCCCGCUGCGAUGUGUGGUCUCUCGGCAUCACAGCCAUCGAGCUGGCAGACGGAGAUCCCCCUCUGGCUGAGAUGCAUCCAGUAAAAGCCCUUUUCAAGAUCCCACGAAAUCCCUCACCCACAUUACGACAUCCUGAAGAGUGGAGCAGGAGUUUCAGCCAUUUCAUCAGCCAGUGUCUGAUAAAGGAUUUUGAGGCACGUCCAUCUGUGACCCACCUUCUGGAGCACCCCUUCAUCAAGCAGGCCCAUGGCAAGGACAUAGCUCUCCGUCAGCAGUUAGCAGCUCUCAUACAAGAGCAGCAACAAAUAGGCUGCAAAACCAAAUCCAAGCACGUCCGGAUCAAUACUCGUAAAACCCUCAUAAUAGAGAGCUGUCCUGAUGAUGAUCUGGUGAACCUGGAGUUCUUAGACGAGGAGACAAUCAUCAGCCAUCUCCACAAGAGGUAUGAUGAGCUGCAGGUGUACACUUACGUCGGUGACAUCCUCAUCGCUCUCAAUCCUUUCCAGAAUCUCAGCAUCUACUCUCCUCAGUUCUCUAAGCUGUACCAUGGCGUAAAGCGAGCUGACAACCCUCCACACAUCUUUGCUACUGCAGAUGCAGCUUACCAAGGCAUGGUGACAUUCUGCAAAGACCAGUGUAUCAUCAUUAGUGGAGAAAGCGGUGCUGGGAAAACAGAAAGUGCUCAUUUAAUUGUUCAGCAUCUUACUUUCCUGGGAAAGGCAAACAAUCGGACACUCCGUGAGAAGAUUUUGCAGGUUAACCCUCUCGUCGAGGCCUUUGGAAACGCUUGCACGGCAAUCAAUGAUAACUCCAGUCGCUUCGGCAAGUACUUGGAGAUGAAGUUCACGCCGACAGGAGCGGUUAUUGGGGCCAAGAUAUCUGAAUACCUGCUGGAGAAGUCGAGGGUCAUCAAACAGGCUCCAGGGGAGGAAAAUUUCCACAUAUUCUAUUACAUAUAUGCCGGCCUUUACCACCAAGACGAGCUGAAGACUUACAGGCUGCCAGAUGGGACACCUCCCAGGUACAUUGACAGUCAGCACUGCAAAGUGAUGCAAGACAUUGUGUCAAGGAAACAAUAUAAAGAGCAGUUUGAUGCCAUUCAGGAGUGCUUCCGAAAUAUCGGCUUUACAGAAGAGGAGGUCGACUCUGCUUACAAAAUUCUCUCAGCAAUUUUGAAUACUGGGAAUAUUGAAUUUGCCUCCAUCACAUCCCAGCAUCAGACCGAUAUUAGUGAAGUGCCUAACUCAGAGGCCUUAGAGAACGCUGCGUAUCUCCUCAGCAUUGGACCCGAGGAGCUCCAGGAAGCACUUACCUCUCAGUGUGUGGUCACGAGGGGCGAAACCAUCAUCCGCUCCAACACCGUGGACAAAGCCGCCGAUGUCCGAGACGCCAUGUCCAAGGCCUUGUACGGACGCCUGUUCAGCUGGAUAGUGAAUCGCAUCAACUCACUCCUGCAGCCUGACAUGAAUGUCUGUGCCGUAGAGAGCGGCAUGAAUGUGGGAAUCCUGGACAUCUUUGGAUUUGAAAACUUCAAGAAGAACUCGUUUGAGCAAUUGUGCAUCAACAUCGCAAACGAGCAGAUUCAGUUUUAUUUCAACCAGCACAUAUUUGCUCUCGAACAGAUGGAAUACCAGAGCGAGGAAGUUGAUGCCAGCCUGGUGGAGUAUGAGGACAAUAGGCCCAUUCUGGACAUGUUUCUGCAGAAGCCCAUGGGUCUGCUGUCCCUGCUGGAUGAAGAGAGCCGCUUCCCUCAGGCCACCGACCAGACCCUAGUGGAUAAGUUUGAGGACAAUUUGCGCUGCAAAUAUUUUUGGAUACCAAAACGAGUGGAGCUUUGUUUUGGAAUUCAGCACUAUGCCGGACAGGUAAUGUACAAUGUGAAUGGCUUCUUGGAGAAAAACAGAGACACUCUCCCUGCAGACAUUGUUGUGGUGUUGAGGACGUCAGAGAACAAACUUUUGCAGCAGCUGUUUUCCAGCCCCUUAACUAAAACAGGAAAUCUGGCGACGUCCAAAGCGAGAGUCACCGCCGCCUCCAGAUCUCUCCCGCCGCAGCUCGGUUCAGGACGCACCAAGUCUCCCAAAUACCUGUUGAAGGUGGACACCAUGGAGAUGAUUCGCCACCCAGAAGAAACCACCAAGAUGAGGAGACAGACGGUGGCCUCCUAUUUCCGUUACUCCCUGAUGGACCUGCUGUCUAAGAUGGUCGUGGGCCAGCCACACUUUGUGCGCUGCAUCAAACCUAAUGACGACAGGCAGGCACUGUGCUUCUGCAAGGAGCGGGUGAUGGUGCAGCUGCGUUACACUGGGAUCCUGGAGACGGUGAACAUCCGCCGCCAAGGCUACUCCCACCGCAUCCUGUUUGAAGACUUUGUCAACAGAUAUUACUAUCUUGCAUUUCGGGCUCACGAGAUGCCUGAAACUAGCAAAGAAAACGCUGUUGCCAUACUGGAGAGGGCCAAAUUAAAAGACUGGGUGCUGGGAAAGACAAAGGUUUUUCUGAAAUACUACCAUGUGGAACAACUGAACCUGCUGCUGCGGGAAGUAAUAGCUCGGGUGGUGGUGAUGCAAGCUUACACUAAAGGCUGGCUCGGGGCCCGGCGUUAUCGAAAAGAGAAGGAGAAGAGAAGCCGUGGGGCCACAAUCAUCCAGUCAGCCUGGAGGGGCUAUGUUGCUCGGCAGAACCUCAAGCAAAUCAAAAAAGAGCGGGAAGAGGCAGCUGUCCGCAUACAAUCAGCUUACAGGGGCCAUCGGGUGCGUCGGGACUGUGGACCCCAGGAGCACAGAUGUCACCCUGAGGCUGGAGAAAAGACCACCAAAGAGGAGCAUUUAGGGUACAGCCCGGACAACAAAGAGGCAGACGGAGAUUACACCCAUAAAAAAGAUGUUGGCCCUGACAGCCAAGACAGACAAGUGAAAGACAUCAAGAGAGACAAAGGCAGAGCAGAAGACAGUGUAACGAAGCCGUGCAGGGAGACGGCAAGGCUGCGAGACACGCAGUGUAAACAAGGUCCAGUGAUGAAGCUGCAGCAGAGAACUCCUCGCCGGCGGGGCCAGCAGCCCAAGCUGCUCAACAGCCCCGAAGACAGCCUGUACUACAACCAGCUAAAUAGAACUCUGGAUUACCAGGGGAGCAAGAGGAAGCCGAGAAAACUUGGUCAAAUCAAAGUGCUGGAUGGAGAAGAUGAGUACUACAAAUUACUGUCAACUGUGGAGUCGAUCCCUGAGGAAGAGCACUCAACCACCGCCCCUACCCACCCUUUUUAGUUGGGCCCCUCGUCAGUCAGAGCUGAACCUUACAACCAUGUCAGCCGAUUGCCUUCAUUUGUCUUAUGGAUCAAAACAACCUGCUUCCCAACAUCGCACUUGACAUCUGUUGUAAAUUUAUAUUUAUUUCAUGUAAAUUGUUGUUUUAUAAGAGUCAAAUAAAUGUGUCUAAAUGUUUUUUAAUUCAUAUUUAUUACUGGUGUAUAACGGUAUUUUGAUAUUGUAAGCAAAACAAUUUACCCGCCACAAAUCUGUUGUUUUAUACAUUUUUUUCCUCAUUUUAGAUUGAUGAAUUAUUUCCCUCUCCCCUUUUAGAUCAGACACAAUAGUUUGGUUACAGCUAAUUGUUUCAGCCCGUGCUGGCACUUGCACAUACUGUUAAAAACUUAUGGCAAUAAAAACUUAAUGAGUCGUUCUUUCUUCGCCUUAAUUGCCCUUUACAGAAAUGAUUGUCACCUGUUGAACGUCUAUGAUCCACCCCACUGUUUUCUUUGA